AAACAAAACCCUCAUCCUUCACUCUCCAUAUACUCUGUUUUUCCUGCUUCUUGAAGCAAAACCCCAUCUCUUUCCUCUCACCAAAAAUUUGAAAUAAUAAUAAUAAUACAAUACCCAUAUCACUUUUCAUCUUGAAAAUCCCCAUUUCACCAAACCAAUUCCCCUGUUUUCUCCUGCUUAUAAAUCCCAUCUCCAAUGCCUCAAAAACAGAGCAAUCCCAACAUUAGAACUCCUCUGUUUUCAUUUCAUAAAGUUCAUUCAUCAUGAUCAACAACCUCUUUCCCAUCUCCUUCUUCCUCAUUUUCCUCCUAUUUUGCCAAUCGAUUUCAGCUCAAUCUACUCAGCCACCUGGCCCCUCCGGUCCGACCAACAUCACUGGAAUCCUCGAAAAGGGCGGCCAAUUCUCAACCUUCAUUAAGCUCCUCAAAAGCACCCAACAGAGCGAUCAAAUCAACAAUCAGCUCAAUAACUCCAACCAAGGCCAAGGCCUCACCGUUUUCGCUCCCCCUGAUAAUGCCUUCUCAAAUCUCAAACCCGGCACUCUCAAUUCCCUCUCCGAUCAGCAAAAAGUUCAAUUGAUUCAAUUCCAUGUCCUCCCAACUUUCAUUUCCAUGUCCCAAUUUCAAACUGUUAGUAACCCACUUCGUACUCAGGCCGGCAACAGCAACGCCGGCCAGUAUCCGUUGAAUGUCACCACUUCUGGCUCUCAGGUCAAUUUAACCACCGGCGUCGAUGACGCCGUCGUCUCCAACACUAUUUACACCGACGGCCAAUUGGCUGUUUACCAAGUCGAUAAAGUUCUUCUUCCGGUUGAUCUUUUUGGAACUGUGGCGGCGCCGGCGCCGGCGCCUUCUAAGCCGGUGAAAGCGGUAUCGGGUUCUGAUGCUCCUGCUGGUGCUUCGAAGGACACUUCUAGUGACGACUCCGGCGCUGCUGCGGCUUUGAAUUACCGAUUUGCGGCGGCGUUUGGGGCGGUUGUUGGAUUUGUGGUGGCAUUUGCUUUGCAGCAAUGAGGAUUUACUUUUUGGGUUAGGGGAUUUGAUGGAUGUGAAUUUUUUUUUUUUUUUUUUUUUUUUUUUUUUUUGCCACUUUGGAGUUGGAAAUGAAUUUGAAGAAUAAUUAUCUUGGUAAUGUCUUCAUUUUAUCUUUGUUGAUUGUAUUUUUCAGUUUUGUAAUGAAACUUUGAAUUUAAUUUUUGUUUUCAUUCUCUUAAUUCAAAUGAAAUGUUCCCGCGUUAUU